AUGAACCUUGAACUACACUCUUUAUCAGCGUCCAGCCUCGCUUGGAAAGUGCUUGUCUUUGGCUUUGUCUCGUAUCUUGCUUAUCAAGUCGCGAAUACCAUCUACGAUGUCUGGUUCGGGCCUCUGUCUAAAUUCCCAGGACCCAAGUUAUGGGCUGCAAGCAACCUUCCACUUAUAUGCAUGAUCUGGAGAGGACAAGACACCAGGACAAAGCAGCGGCUACACUCAAAAUACGGCCCGGUGGUGCGAGUCUCUCCCACCGAGAUAAGCUACAUUGAUGCAGAAGCAAAUGGCACAGGAUUGUCUGGCACAAACGCGUGGAAGGAGAUUUACGGCCAUCGACUCUCUGGUAAAAGGAGCUUUGCUAAGGACCGCCGCCUCUAUGCUAUUCCCGUCAACGGAACAACCUCGAUUCUGAGCUCAGAUGACGCUAAUCAUGCCCGACAACGACGAGUACUUUCGCACGCAUUCUCUGACAAGGCGUUGAAGGAGGAAGAACCUCUAUUCAAGCGCUGGGCAAACUUGCUUGUAGAGAAGCUGCAUGAAUUGACCUUUGCUGACUCUCCUAUCGAUCUGGUCGCCUACUACAACUUCACUACUUUCGACCUCAUGGCAGAUCUGACAUUCUCCGAGAGCUUACAUAUGCUCGAGGGCUCAGAGUACUCUCCAUGGGUGGCUACCAUCUUCGCCUCGAUCAAGUCUAUGACUAGACUUCGCGCGAUCAGAUUGAUACCUGGCAUGACGACGUUCAUCAACAUCGUGUUGAACAACGCAAUUCGCAAGAAGCAGGUCAACCAUUUCAAAUACUCUGCUGAUCGUGUUGAUCGUCGACUUGCAAGGACGCCGUUAAGUCCAGAUCUCUGGAGCUUUGUUUUGAAGAAAGCUGGACAAGAAGGUGGCAUGUCGCUGAGCGAAAUGCACAGCAACUCAGCCAUGUUCAUGAUUGCAGGUACCGAGACAACUGCGACAUUAUUGAGCGGUCUCACGUACCAUCUCCUACAAAAUCCAGAGGCCACCGCGCGGCUCACUCGAGAGCUACGCUCCGCUUUUACUCGCGAUGCAGAUAUCACAAUUGAGGCGCUGCAACAGCUUCCAUAUCUCUCGGCUUGUAUUGAAGAAGGCAUGCGCUUGUAUCCGCCAGUGCCGACUGGCUUACCACGCCAGGUGCCAAAAGGCGGUGCUAGCAUAUGUGGAGAAUUCAUACCAGAAGACAUGACGGUCUCCGUCAGCCAGUGGGCAACUUACCACUCCGAGUCCAACUUUCACGACGCAGAGAGUUUCAUUCCAGAAAGAUGGCUGGGAGAAGAUGCGCGCUUCGAACACGACAAUCAUGCCGCGUUCCAGCCCUUCUCAGUGGGCCCUCGCAAUUGUAUAGGUCGCAAUCUCGCAUAUCACGAAUGUCGAUUGUUGUUGACAGAGGUCUUCUGGAACUUUGACUUGGAAUUGAUGCCAGAGAGCAAAAGCUGGACUGAGCAAAAGGUCUUUUCGUUUUGGGAUAAGUCAUCCCUAUGGGUCAAGCUGAAACGAGUCGUCCGUUGA